CCCACUCUCCCUCUCUCUGGAGAAUAGUGUGACCAGUUUCCUCUGCCUCUCGGUUCUCUUCUCUUCUCUGUGUGCGCACAAUCUUCCACAAAACCUCAGACGCUCCCCACCCACCGUCCGUAUCUGCCGCCCAUAGUCCAUUGGCCCAACAGCAUCACCCUGCGCCUCCUCUGUUCUCCGUCUUGUUCUUGCCCGAGGGCAGCCGUAGAUCAGUCCAGACAAACUAGCAAACCAACCAUAGAUCAGUCCAGACAAACUAGCAAGCCUCUGAAGAUCUCCUCUUGCUGCAAGAAUCCAAGAGAGGGGAGUUUUGUUAGAACAAGCUCGUCGCCUGCCUUGCCUUGCCAGCCAGCCUCUUUGUCGUUCCAGCUCUGUUAUUAGAGCUAUUGGGUCAGGCUGUGGGCUGCCUGGAUCCUGGAUGGGCAGGCCUAGAGGUGGGAAGGCCAAGGAAUCGAUGGAAGCUGCGAAGAACGAGGAUGCGGGUAGCGCUGGUGAGGAGGUGAUCCCAGCCUACAAGAGGAGGGGACGGCCACAGAAGCUUCGCAAGCACGACGCCGAUGAGGAAGAGGACACCGCCAAGGUUGAAGACGACGGCGACGGCACAAAAGAAGAGAUUGCGCCACGCAAGGAGUCGACGGGCGCAGCCGGGAACGGAGGGAAGAAGAGGCGGCGGCAGUCGAAGCGCGGCUCGGAGUCAGCGACGGACGGGAAGGGCGGCGCUCCGGCGAGGGCGCCAACCGGAUUCCGGCAGAAUGGGAGCCGGCGGAAGAGCACCCCGCGGAGAGCUGCGGAGGCAGGGGUGGAGAGCAAGUGAGGCUCUGAAGACUGAAGAAGAAGUGUGACGUAAUGAGGAACUGCCUAAUAGCAGCAAGUAGUUAUGCAGUACUACUCCAGUAGCUUGAAAAUGCACUAUUAGUGGUAGCUUUUAGAUUUAUUAUGAGUUACUAUGACAUUAUGGAUUUUAGGGAUUUAUGUCAGUUGGUUCUAUGGCCAGUGCUAAUGGUUGGCACAUGGAUUAAAACUUUAUGAGAGGAACUCCAUUUACGGAGCCCUAAUUGCUUCCCCGUUCA